CGGGCAGCGAGUGCUAAGCUCAGCUCAGCAGGGCUCAGCACGGCUCGGCUCACAGGGCUGGUUCGGCCCGGCUCCGGCGCGAUGAAGCCGCGAGGAUACGGAUUUCUGUUACUGCUCCUUCAUAUUCUGAAAGCUGCUAUUGCACUAGAGCAGACGAACAUCAUCAGCAAACUUGGAGACAACGCCACACUAAGUUGCAUUUUUAAUAGAAACAACUUGCAAUUAAAAAAUCUACGGGUGUAUUGGCAGAUAGCUGAUUCCUAUCAGAAAACGUGUUCAGUUGUACAUGCACUGAUGUCUGGCCAAGAGGAUAACAGUAAACAGUGUAUUCUCUUUAAAGACAGGACUCAGUUAUUCUGGGAUAGGUUGGAACAUGGUGAUUUUUCUCUGCUGUUACUAAAUGUCAGCCAGCGUGACAGGAAUACAUACAAAUGCAUAGUGCAGAACACAACUGAAUAUUCCAAAGUGAUUUACCAGGCAGAAGUGGUUCUCAGUUUAGCAGUGAGCUACAGCCAACCAAUACUCAGUGGACCAAUAAAAAACAAUGACAGCACUGAAGGGGAGGUGACCUUCAACUGCAGGUCUGGCAAUGGAUACCCAAAGCCCAACGUCUACUGGAUCAAUAAAGUGAACAACAGCCAACUGAAUGCAUCAAAAACUGAGAUCAUAUCCCACAAAAAUGGCACUUUCAACGUUUUUAGCACACUGACGAUGAAAGCCACUUCUAACAUGCAAAUAGAGUGCUCCAUAGAAAAUGAGAUGCUGCAGGAAAAUCUAUCAGCCAACUACACGCAGCUGAAGAAAAGCAGUACAGAAAGUGAUGAAAACCUAGAAAAAAAAGGACGAGGUGCUCAAGCAGCUGGCAUCAUUGGCAUUGUCUUUGUGAUAGGUCUUCUAACUGGUUUAAUCUGCUGGCUCUGGAGGAGGAGGUCCUCUAACCUAGUGUCCUAUAAAGAUGUCAAACCACGAGAAGACCAGGGAGGACUCAACUCACCUGUCUAAAUGGAAGGUCUACCAACAAUUUGGGCAGCUGGAGAUGUGUCAAGAGAAGCAUCACCCCCCCAGUGGCAGCACUGUUUGUAAUACAAGUGACAGAUUUCUGCCGAGAGAGAUGGCAAAAAAAAAAAAAUAAAAGUUU